GCACGAGAAGCAGCAAACGCAAGUAGAGCACAAAGGAAAGCAAACCAAAGCAUGUGAUGUGAGCCUCGAUCCUCAGAAGAACUAGAAGGCGAAGCAGAAAGAGGAGGUAGGUAAGUUAUGAAGAACCUGAACUCCAACCUAAUCCCGUUUCUUCCAGACGACGUCGCUGUUAACUGCCUCGCACGUGUCCCACGCUCUCAACACACAACCCUCUCCCUCGUUUCCAAACCAUUCCGUUUGCUUCUCUCUUCUCCACUCUUCUUCACCGCUCGUUCUCUCCUUCACUCCACACAACACCUUCUCUACCUCUCUCUCCGCACACGCGCCACCACUCUCCAAUGGUUCACACUACAAAACAACAACCACCUCCUUCCUCUCCCUCCUCUCCCUUCCCCCGCAAUCGGCUCCGCUUACGCCGUCAUCGGCCAUAUAAUCUACGUCAUCGGUGGUUCCGUCAAUGAUAUCCCCUCCCGCCACGUCUGGCUUCUCGAUUGCCGCUUCAACCGUUGGCUCCAAGGUCCAUCCAUGCGCGUUUGCCGUGAAUUCGCCGCUGCCGGAGUUAUCGACGGUAAGAUUUACGUCAUCGGCGGCUGUGUCCCUGACAAUUGGGCUAGGUCAGCAAAUUGGGCGGAGGUCUUCGAUCCAUCCACCGACCGUUGGGAGAGCGUUCCUAGUCCGCCAGAGAUUCGCGAGAAGUGGAUGCACGCAAGCGCCGUCGUGGACGACAAGGUUUACGCCAUGGCUGACCGCGGCGGCGUCUCGCUUGAUCCUCGUAACGGCGCGUGGGAGAGCGUGGGGAGUGAACUUGACCUCGGGUGGCGUGGGAGAGCGUGCGUUGUGAAUGGGAUUCUGUAUUGCUAUGAUUACUUGGGGAAAAUCAAGGGUUUUGAUGUGAAACAAGGGUUGUGGAAGGAGCUGAAGGGUUUGGAUAAGGGUUUGCCGAGGUUUCUGUGUGGAGCUACAAUGGCUGAUGUUGGUGGAAAAUUGGUUGUGGUUUGGGAGUGCCAAGGGAAUGAGAAGGGUAAAGAAAUGGAUAUUUGGUGUGCUGAGAUUGAUGUGAAUAAGAACAAGGAUGGAGAAUUGUGGGGUGAAGUUUGUUGGUUAAAUAAUGUUCUCUCUGUUCCAAAAGGAUCUUCCAUUGUCCACUGUUCUUCUGUUUCAUUGUGACCACCUUUCACAUUGCGUGCCUUAUCAGGUCACCUGUUUCUUUCAAUACAUGUCCUGCAGGAUCAGGAUCCUGAAACACCUCAUGAUUAGAUUAAAUUUCGCCCCGUUGAUGUCACAAAUUCUUUCUAGUUUGAUCAGGUGACAUUGAUUGCUCCACUGUUGUAUGAAUAAACAGGAUUAGCUCAAGUAGUAGGACAUCUUUACAUUUGUAUAGUUAGCAUGUACAGUUUCUCACUUUCAUAGUUAUGUGUGUUAUAUUCCCCUUAUCUGUGUUUAUUUAUCCUUGUGAAUCCAUAAGUUGGACAUUGUUGGUGACUAUGUGUUAAAACCAACACCCAAUAAAGUGUGUCUGCACAGUAAGUCUCGAGGAAUAGGAUUUGUAUCAUUUAUGUUUACCUGGCUAGGUUUGUUUUUGAGAAGUCGCAAGGCUUAACUUAUUUGCACAAAGUGGACAAGACCUCGUGGAAAAUGUGAGCUUGUGUGUUAUGACUAUCAAAAUUGUUUGUUGUAAACUUGUAAUAACUAUAAAAGUAAAUGAUUGCUGCUGCACAAUGUGUGUGUGUGUUCAGUUGGAA